AUGGAUGUUACAAAAUCUUACGGCUUCUGGAUCGUUUUAUUUCUGUCUUUAUGGGAAUCUUCGCUUGGCCAGAUUGUCUAUUCCGUCUCCGAGGAGGUAAAUAAAGGAACUGUGAUCGGGAAUAUAGCGAAAGACCUGAAGAUCAGUGCUCAGGAACUAGAAUCACGCAUGUUUCAGAUUAUGCCUGGAUCAAAUGCAAAGUAUUUUGAUGUAAAUGUGAAAACGGGCUCGCUGUUUGUCAAAGACCGGAUUGAUCGAGAAGAGUUGUGUGGCAGUAAUCAGAAAUGUGCAUUAAAUUUAGAGGCUCUUGCUCAGAAUCCUCACAGACUUUACCGUCUUGAAAUUAUAAUAUUGGAUGUCAAUGACAAUGCUCCAUUUUUUCCAGAAAGCACGUAUGUUGUCAAUGUUACAGAGAAUGCAAACGAAGGGGACAGAUCUCCUCUUCCAAUUGCAAAAGAUUCAGAUAUCGGCAGUAAUUCUCUGAAAGAUUACAAACUCGGUUCAAAUGAAUAUUUUUCUUUAGAUGUAAAUACCGGGCAACAGAGUAUAUCUGCUGAAUUAGUGCUACAGAAAUCUUUAGACAGAGAGAAACAAGCUGUUAUUCACUUAAUACUCACCGCUAUUGACGGAGGAAAACCUCCUAAAUCUGGAACAGUGAAUAUUGUUGUUAAUGUCAUGGAUGUAAACGAUAAUAAGCCUAUUUUCAGCAAACCUUUGUACAAAGUUAAGGUGAAAGAAAACACACAAAUUGGAGCCAAAAUAAUUUCUGUUUCUGCCAGUGAUUUGGAUGAGGGGAUCAGCAGUGAAAUUCAAUAUUCAUUUCUUGGACAUGGAAACACUGAUGAACUGAACCGGUUCGCAAUUAAUUCUAACUCAGGGGAAAUUGUUGUUCAAGGUCAAAUUGACUACGAGGAACACCCUGCAAUUGAACUGCGUGUUCAGGCGAGAGACAAAGGCGUUCCUCCUAAAAGUACACACUGUAAAGUUUUAAUAGAAGUUGUAGAUGAGAAUGACAACGUGCCAGAGAUAGUUACGACUCCUCUGUUGGAAAGUGUGAAAGAAGAUGCAAAACCGGGAACUGCUGUUGCUUUAGUCGCAGUCUCUGAUGAAGAUGGAGGUAAAAAUGGCAUUGUGCACUGUGCUCUGAAAGGCUCGUUUCCUUUCAAACUGGAGACAUCAUAUAACAAUCAUUAUUCUCUAGUGGUAGAUGGACAUCUGGACAGAGAGAGUGUUUCUCUGUAUAACAUCACAAUUACAGCUGCAGAUGAAGGAACUCCGUCUCUUUCCAGCAGCACUGUUAUAACUAUACAUAUCUCUGAUGUUAAUGACAAUGCUCCACAUUUCCCAGCUCCCGUUAUUAACGCUUUUCUAAGUGAGAAUGGUCAAGCUGGAGGUCUCGUGACAAAAGUGUCCGCUGAUGAUUCAGACACUGGUGAAAACGCAGAACUUUCAUAUUCACUGUUAGACAGUUCCAGCUCCAGUGUUCCUAUAACAACACUGAUGAAUAUAAACUCUUUAAGUGGAGAAAUAUUCAGUUUGCAAUCGUUUAAUCACGAAGAAACAACACGAUUCCAGUUUCAAGUUAUGGCGACAGACUCUGGUGUUCCUCCUCUGAGCAGUAAUGCGACUGUAAAUGUGUUUAUUCUGGAUGAGAAUGACAACAGUCCGGUUAUUUUACCGCCUUAUUCUGAACCUGGAUCAGUUAAUAGUGAGAACAUUCCCUACUCUGCUGAAGCGGGAUACUUUGUAGCCAAGAUCAGAGCUGUUGAUGCUGACUCUGGAUAUAACGCACUUCUGUCUUAUCAUCUAACUGAACCCAAAGGAACGAAUCUCUUCCGCAUUGGAAGCAGCUCUGGAGAAAUAAGGACUAAGAGACGAAUGAGUGACAAUGACUUAAAAACUCACCCACUUCUUAUCACAGUGUCUGAUAAUGGAGAGCCAUCACUCUCAGCGACUAUGUCCAUGGAUGUUGUGGUUGUUGAGAGUCUGGAUGAUAUAAAGACAUCAUUCAGAGAAGUUCCUGUUAAAGAGGAGAGUUUUUCAGAUCUGAAUCUGUAUCUGCUCAUCGCUAUUGUCUCAGUAUCAGUCAUCUUUUUACUGAGUCUGGUGGGUUUGAUAGCAGUUAAAUGCUACAGGACAGACAGCAGUUUCAGCAGGUACUGCGCUCCAGUGAUCAGCACACAUCCAGACGGAAGCUGGUCCUUCUCUAAAUCCACACAACAGUACGACGUGUGUUUUAGUUCCGACACAAUAAAGAGUGAUGUAGUCGUUUUCCCCUCGCCAUUUCCGCCAGCAGACGCAGAACUGAUCAGCAUUAAUGGAGAAGAUACUUUUUCGCGCACGCAAACCCUUCCGAGCACUGAGAAGAUGUGA